AUGAGACUCGCACACCUUCACUUCCCCAGCAUCACUCCAUUCACACGCGUUUCCAACAUCCAACAAACCCUCACAUCACGUCUCCUAGCCCAUAAGAAAAUAGACCCUACCGCUACCGCAUCCUCUGCUACAAAUCCCCCUCCCGAUCCAACAAUCAUCACCUUCACCCCAAACCCCGUCUACACAACCGGCCGACGAGACCUGCCUCCCUCCAACACCUCUCCGCAAUCCUCAUCGCCUCCAUCGAAGACCCUCUCCCUCCCCCCAGCGCUAGAACCAAUCCGACACAUCCUCUCCUCCUCCAAUGGCUCCCCGAUAGCAGAGUACCACCCCACCCUGCGCGGCGGACAAACAACCUACCACGGACCGGGCCAGAUGGUCGCAUACACGAUUCUUGAUCUCCGCCGUCUGGGCCUCACCCCGCGAUGUCAUAUCCGGUUACUCGAGAAUAGCGUCAUUGACGUCCUGGGCGGGUUUGGGGUGAAGGGUCUCGUCACUGAGGAUCCGGGCGUGUGGGUGCCUCCGUCGUCGCCGUCGAGCGGGCUGUUGCCGAAGAAGGUCACCGCGGUGGGUGUGCAUCUCCGCAGGAAUAUCAGUAGCUAUGGAAUUGGGUUUAAUGUUACCGAGGAGCCGAUGUGGUAUUUUCAGCAGAUUGUGGCGUGUGGGCUUGAAGGGAGGGAGACGACGAGUUUGGAGGGCGAGGGCGUGCGAGGGGCGAGCAUUGAUGAUGUUGCGGGGAGGUUUGUUGAUGCUUUUGUGCAGAGGCUGAAUGCCGAUUUUGCCUAUGGAGAGGGUGCAACUGGGGAGAAGAUUGACUCGGUAUACAGUGUCCAGGAAAAAGAUCUUGAGGUAUAG